AUGGUCACCACAGAUAUAUCAGGCGUAGAUAUAUACCUUGUUUGCAAUGAAGAUAUUCAACUUGCGGCUUUGAUAGUCUCAAGCCUACGUGAUAAAGGUUCGGACAAUAUUCACCUUCUGAUUUCCGAUCAACAAUCACAAUGUAUAGGAGAGAAGAUAAGUGCAAACAUAGUAAGUGGUACCUGGAAUGAAAUAGAAGAUUACGAGGUAGCAAUUGCAGAUGCCGUGAUCGUGAUAAGCAUGAUGUAUCAUGACUUUGAAAAACAAGAAAAGCUAUUCUCCGCAUGUGUCCGCCAAGAUGUAGCUUUAUUUAUCGCAUGGGAUUCGGGCAUGGAAUUACAUCAUCUAGUACCUAAUCAGGCGUGCCCAAGGACACAACUCCAUCAAACAUUAUUGGAUUAUGAAUCGUCUCUUAAACCCUUUCCUCAUAAAUCUCAUGAAUCCCCAAUCACUCAAUACUCUACAUCACACAUCAAAUCAUAUGAUAAGAUGCAUUGGGUAUUAUUUCAAGUUGGAAUAUUUGCCGACGAAAUUCUGAAAAAUGAUGUAUCCACAGUCACCACCGCAUUUCACAGUCCCAAGCAGUUCAUAUUCAUAAACGUCUCAGUAAAAUCUGAUUUUGCACAGAUAAUUGCUAAUGUUAUUGUUUCCAAUAAGAUCAAACUGAAUAAGAAUUAUGUUGUGGGCGAAUUUGUUUCUCACACAUUUUUGGGGCACAUCUACAAUGUUUUCAAUCAAGGUCAUGGUUAUAACAGUAGAGUUCCGUGUGAACUUUCCGAGUUCGAAAUGAGUAAUUUACUUCGCCUUUCUGGAAUCGUGUCAUCACGUCUUCUACCUCGAAUCAUAUAUCCAAAUUGCAAUGUGUAUGUUUGGAAGUUGUGCAUGGAGGUCUCUCUCCAACACGAGGCCAUCAUUUACAAAUUGCUAGCCAAUGAUCACCGGCAAAUAACAUUGAGGGAUUGGGUCCGUCAGAUUAUCGAUAAGGAAGACGAGGCCAACAGUAACCGACUACAAUAUAAGAUUCAAUAA